GACCCUCUCUGUGGUGGUUUCCUUCGCCCACAGUUUGCGAAACAGCGGAAUUCCGUCGGUCGCUUCGGCGAUUACUUUUGGGGAUUUCAAGGUUUCUCUUCCAAAUCAGGGAGUAAGGACGUCUCGUGCGCCAUGGCGGGGAAGAGCAGCGCGCUUCUCCUCACUGACGAUGCGGCUCUGGAUCUUGCUGUGGUCUUAUCUGCGAUCAGGGACAUAGGAGUUGAGGCGAUCUCGGAAGAUGAGGUGGCUGUUAUUACCCAAUGCGAAACACUUGAAGGGAAAUUGUCCAAUGAAUCUUCAUCUUUUGAUGUGGUUGUUCUUGCUUCGAAAAAGUAUCAGCUGAUUGGAGAGCAGUGGCUUCAAGAGAUUGGCCGGGUGCUUAAGCCUGGUGGCACACUCCUAUUACAGGCAAUUGCAGUUUUUGAUAUAUCAGAAAAGACAAGUUCAACAUUGGAGCGUAAACUGCUCAUGCAAGGUUUCGUUGAAGUGCAGCCACUAGAAAUGAAUCAUUUGCUCUCAGUUGGAGAUUCUCGAUAUAUUAGUAUUAAGGCUAAGAAGGCCUCUUGGACUACUGGUUCAUCAUUUCCCUUGAAGAAAGCCAUGAAUACUUCAGUACCAAAAAUUAUUGUCAAUAAUGAAUCAGAUUUGAUUGAUGAAGAUAGCCUCUUAACUGAUGAAGAUUUGAAGAAACCGCAGCUGCCUAUAAUUGGGGACUGUGAGGUCGGAAGCACGAGGAAGGCUUGCAAGAACUGUACUUGUGGCAGGGCUGACUCAGAAGCGAAAGUUCAGAAACUAGAGCUAACUGCAGAGCAGAUAAGCAAUCCUCAAUCUGCCUGUGGCAAUUGUGGACUUGGGGAUGCAUUCCGGUGCAGUGGAUGCCCUUACAAAGGCCUAUCCCCUUUCAAGUUGGGCGAAAAGGUUUCUUUGUCUGGAAAUUUUCUGGCUGCUGAUAUAUGACUUCUACUGGGAUUGGACGAAAUCAUUUAGGGACACGGUCACUUGAUAUUUUCCUUUUCCUUUUCCGUUUUCUUAUUAUCUGUGGACUUUUCCUAUUUACCAGGAUGGUAUGCUAAAUCAAAUUGGAUCAACUGGAGCUCAUUAUCCAAUUCGGUUUAUGGAAUUGAUCACAAUCAUUUCAUAGAUCAUCUAUUUCAUGCCCCCACCAAUUGAUAACUGCAUGGAUGGUUACUUUAACAGGUCUUUUUAAUGGAUGCAAAA